UCUUGACUAGGCACCCCAGCCACUGUCCUUUCCUGCUGAAAGCAGGGGUGCAGGGGUAAAGAGGGGAGCAAUUUUGGCUCUUUUUCUUCCCUGUUCUUGGUGGAUUUUGCAGUGAGUGGAAAGGGCUUUAUGGCCACCGAGGACAUUGACUGGCUCGACCUGCCUGGCAGGUGGACUUAUGGAGUUUGCAGAGACGGGAGAAUCUUCUUUAUCAAUGAUGAAACAAAAUCUACUUGCUGGACACACCCAGGCAGUGGUUGUCCCAUCCAGAGUGGCCAUUUUACUUGGUCAGAGAUGCCCAAAGGCUGGGAGAUGGACACCAUGUCAAAUGGAGCUAUCUUUUUUAUCAACCAUAAUGAAAGACGGAACACUUUUAUUCACCCAGUGACUGGCCAAAUCCCAGAAGAGAACAACCAGUUUGACUUGCAAAGAUCUGCCUUGGACAUGUCAAGCAAAUCAGGCAGCAAACGGCCGGCAGCAGUCAACAGUGAAUCAUCCAAUCAUACCAUGGUUUCAGACUUGCCUCAGGAACGACCAAAUGGCAGGGCCUCACGCUCCUCUCGGAAGGGGAUUGCUUUUGGGAAGCGCUCCAAUUCCAUGAAGAGAAAUCCCAACGCUGCAGUGACUAAGAGUGGCUGGCUCUUCAAGCAGGCGAGUUCUGGGGUGAAGCAAUGGAAUAAGCGCUGGUUUGUACUGGUGGAUCGCUGCCUUUUCUACUACAAAGACGAGAAGGAGGAAAGCAUCUUGGGCAGCAUUCCACUUCUCAGUUUUCGGGUUGCAGCUGUUCAGCCGUCGGAUAACAUCAGCAGGAAAUACACCUUUAAGGUGACUGUGUGCUGGAUGGAAGAGACACCAGGGAAUAACAAGAAGUCCCUCUCUCCCCAGGCUGAGCACGCCGGCAUCCGGACUUACUUCUUCAGUGCAGAGAACAACGAGGAGCAGGAAUCCUGGAUUCAAGCCAUGGGCGAGGCUGCCCGGGUGCAAAUCCCACCUGCUCAGAGGCACGAGAAGACUGAUUCUGAGAACAUCCCUCCCAGCAGGAACCACCAGCAUCACCACCACCGCAGUGUCCCAACCAGAGAGGCUGCCAAAGCUGAGCCAGAAGCCAAGACCAGAGGCGAAGGAGACGGGCGUGGCUCUGAGAAGAUUGACAGGAAAACAGAGCGAGCUGAGAGCAAGAAGGAGCCUCUGGUGAAAGCCAACGGCAUUGGCAGCCAAGAAAUUCCCUCUGAACCCGGAAGCCCUUAUCCUGACGCUUCCUGCCUGCCUGCUGGAGUGGAGAGGCCCACCCAGCCAAAUGGCUGGCAGUACUCAUCUCCUAGCCGGCCAGGGAGCAUGGCCUUCCCGCAGCACGAUGGUGAGAGUGCUAUGCCUCGUCGGAGUUUUGCUCCGCGCACCAAUCCUGAGAAGAUUGCCCAGAGGAAGAGCUCCAUGACACAGCUGCAGCAGUGGGUGAACUUGCGCCGUGGGGCUCCACCUCCUGAGGAUCUCCAUAGCCCCACCAGGUUCUACCCGAUGUCCCGAAGAGUCCCUGACUACUAUCCCCCCUACUCACCUCAGUACUCUGAAGAUUACCAAUACUACCCUCCUGGGGUGCGUCCCGACAGCAUCUGCUCUAUGCCUGCCUUUGAGCGUGUGAGCCCUCAGUGGACUGUGGACGACAAGCGCCACUCCUUCCGCAACAGCGGCUCCUACCAGCUGCGGGACUGGAAAGAGCAGCCAGGCUAUGGCAGGCAGGACGUUCCCAUCUGGAUGUCAGGCCCAACCCGGCCGCCAGUGUACUAUGACGAAAUGGAUGCCGCCUCAGGCUCCUUGCGCAGGAUGUCCCUCCAGCCUCGCUCCCGGUCAGUCCCCCGCUCGCCGAGCCAAGGCUCCUACACCCGAGCCAGAGUGUACUCCCCUGUCAGGUCACCGAGUGCCCGCUUUGAAAGAGUGCCUCCCCGGAGUGAGGAGAUUUAUGCGGAGCCGACGACAUACAUGAUGAGGCGAUCGGUCAGUUCACCAAAGUAUGAUUAUCUGGGUGACAGGAGGCCUGUCCCUGCAGGAAUGUUCCCCUUCAACUAUCCAGCAUCCCCUACGGUCCACGACAAAAUGGAUGAACUUUUAGACCUUCAGUUGCAAAGAAACCUAGAGUAUUUGGAUCAGCAGAUGAGCGAGAGCGAGACUUUGAUCAGUAUGGUGAACAGAAUGGUGGAGAGCUCUUCCCCUAGGGCUCAACUGUACAUGCAAGUGUCUCAUUUCCCCGAAGCCUAUAGAGAGUCGCUGCACACCUACAAGAUAAGCGAGCAAGAUACAGAUAAGCUCCUGGGAAAGCUCUGUGAGCAAAACAAGGUGAUGAGGGAACAGGAGAGGCUGGUGCAGCAACUUCGUGCAGAGAAGGAGAGUCUGGAGAGUGCAUUGAUGGGGACACACCAGGAGCUAGAGAUGUUUGGGAGCCAGCCGGCCUACCCCGAAAAACUGCUGCACAAGAAGGAAUCCCUCCAGAACCAAUUGAUCAAUAUUCGGGUAGAGCUGUCCCAAGCCAGCACGGCUUUGGCCAACAGCACCAUAGAAUAUGAGAACCUGGAGGGUGAGGUGUCAGCCUUGCAUGAUGACCUGUGGGAACAACUGAACUUGGACAUCCAGAAUGAAAUGCUCAACCGGCAAAUCCAGAAGGAGAUCUGGCGGAUCCAGGAUGUGAUGGAGGGGCUGAGGAAGAACAACCCAUCUCGGGGCACAGACACAGCAAAGCAUAGGGUAUCCCUUGGCCCAUCAGGAACCUACAGCUCCAACAGCCCAGCCAGCCCUUUGAGCUCAGCCAGCCUCACAAGUCCCCUGAGCCCUUUCUCUCUUGUGUCAGGAUCCCAGAGCUCCCCUACUAAGCAAGGCAGCAACGAGGAGCCCGGUCCACCUCGACCUCCCCUCCCCAAAUCAUAUGUGCCCUUGGAAUCUCCUCCGACUGUCCCUCCGCUCCCUACCGAAAGCCGCCUCUGGCCGUAUCCUAACUCCCCUUCCUGGCAGCAAAGCAGCGAGGCGAAGAGGGGACAGUCCAAGUCCAGCUUUGAGCAGAACAAGAAGGACCAUCACCGGACGUCAGCCUCAAAUUCUGCUGUGGAGGCUGGUCUCUUGCAGACAAGGCAAGACCCCGAUGCUGAUAAGCAAGUUGCUCUCAACAAAGUUGGCAUUGUUCCCCCAAGGACCAAAUCACCCAUGGAUGACGACACCAUCCCCAUGUCAGGUGUGGUGCGGAGGGGUGCCAGCAACUUAGCCAAUGGGCUGAAUGCCCGGGACAGGCCAAAGAGUGCAGUAUUUUCGAAUGAAAUGAAGGCAAAGAUGAGCGUAGAGGAGCAGAUUGAUCGCAUGAAGCGCCACCAAAGUGGUUCUAUGAAGGAGAAGAGGCGGAGCUUGCAGCUUCCAGCCAAUCAGCAACAGGCAGACAGCCUUCUCUCUAAAGCACCUGCCUCUUACAAAGUGGUGCGCAGACAUCGCAGCAUCCAUGAGGUGGACAUAUCUGAUCUGGAAGCAGCGUUACGCUCUGAAGACUCUGGCAGGAUGUAUGAGACUCCUCGGGAGGAGAUUGCACGCCUGCGCAAAAUGGAGCUGGAGCCAGAGCAUUAUAAUGUUGACAUCAGCAAGGAGCUUUCCACCCCAGACAAAGUCCUCAUCCCAGAAAGGUACAUUGAGCUGGAACCUGAUACUCCACUCAGCCCAGAGGAGAUGAAGGAGAAGCAAAAGAAAGUGGAGAGAAUAAAGACGCUGAUUGCCAAAUCCAGCAUGCAGAAUGUGGUCCCCCUCAACGAGGGAGAAGUGGACAUGACCCAGGACCCAGAAACCCAGUUGCAGGAACAGGAGAAGCGAAUAGAGAUCUCCUGCGCCUUGGCUGCAGAAGCCUCCCGACGGGGCCGCAUGCUCUCAGCUCAGUGUGCCACCCCGAGCCCUCCCACCUCCCCAGCCUCCCCGACUCCACCGACCAAGUCCCUCUCGUCUGAUUCAUCCCAGGGCGGCGACAGCCAUUUUAUGCGUGUCUGAGCCAUAAACACAGGCCCUGGCUGCUGUGAAUGCUGUGAAGUUCCACGGAGCCACAUUUUAACCCACAGCGUCUGCACCCCAACCGCUGAACAACGCGUGUGGUCAUUGUUAGGGUUCUCUCGGCACACCCUUCUCCUUCAGUCGAGCUGCGGAAACUUUUCGGGAAAGAAAAGCUGCCAUCAAGGGAGAGCAGGGAUGGCACUUGCCUUUGUCCCAUUUCCUCCUGCCCCGCUGCUGCUGCUGCUGCUAUGGCCUAUACCAACUGCCCACGGUUUCCAUUCUUGCCGGACAGGUCCUCUGUUUCAGGUGCAGCAGACUCCCAAGGCUAAGGACCAGCAGCAAAAGAACAGCUGUGUCUCAGCAAAGCGGCAGCACUGAGCCAGAAAAGGGAUGCUGGCAACAAGAGGGGGAGGUGAUGUAGCUCAUCUCCUGGAGCUCUAUAGCCUGCAAGUGUGGGCAGCAGGGAAGGAAGGUUGUGUGAAGAAUGACUUUGUAUCUGCAGCCAGGGAAUUCAUUACCCUCUACUGAAGUGAGCACUAGAUGUUUCUUCUCCUCCUCCUUCCCCCCUCACCCCCCUUACACACACACACACACACACACACACAGCCCGUUGGUCUCUCCUCUGCCAACCAGAAUGGCUUUUAGCAUCUUUCGCCUGUGGAGCUAAGCAACCCGUGCACGGCCACGCUUCCCUGCUUAUGCUCACAGCCUUUCACAGGAAAAGGAAAGACAGCAAGGAAGCAUGAGUGGAUGGACAGAACUUUGUGGAUGUGGCAGAAGACAGAAGGCUGACCGUGUGGGGACCCAAAGUGGCUUUGGAAUCUUGCUAGGGUUGCGAGGAUGUUGCUGUGGCUGGGAUAGGCCGGCAUUUUCUUCUUUCCCAAGCUUAGGGGUUGGGUGGAUGGAAUGGAAGGUGCGGGCAAUGUAUGUGGACGUGUUUUAGGGGUGCGGGCAGAAGAUAUAAUGGGGGGGGAGAAGAGGUUAGAAAAGCUUAGUUGGCUGUGAUUUGCCACUAGGUGAAGCUUUAAUGCUUUCUGCAACCCAGAGAGGUUAUAUCUUUUAUCUGUAGGGGAAGAAAAAACAAAACUGGG